UGCUGCUACUGUCACUUCUGCCGCUGCCGCUGUUGUUACAGAUUUUGCUUUUGCUCCUUCUACCGCAUGACAAUUGUUUUCCUCGUCUAAGCAGAUACCAGCCUCAGAUGCUCAAGGUGAGAGUCUUGCCUUUCGCUCUGGGCUACUGGUUCACUUAAUCUGGUCAGUUUGUUCCAUGUUCGUGGUUUUCUUUAUCUCAUCACCCUCCUUCCCCGUGUUUUGUUUUGUUGUGCUUGCUUUUGGGGGAUGUUUCUUCCCUCCUGCAGAAGAGCUGAAAUUGCUUGAGAGGCAUUUAAGGAAUUAUAAAAGUGGCCAGCAAACAGGAGCUCAGUAAUUGCAAAGCUAUUCUUGCUUCAGAGAAGCAGAGAGAGGGACAGAGGGCUUGGGGACAGGGGGACCAGGGGGUCUCAGUUUUCCUGUGCAUUACUCGUCUCCCAGUUUGGAUGAUGUUGCUGAGCUUGGACCUCUUAUUGACUCGCACUCUGUGAUUUUUGCAGAGCACUGUGACUAUUACUACCGUCUCUUUUUGUCUGUGACUCACAGUAAUGGACUGUGAUAGAGUUAAGGCCUUUUGGAGGUGAGCUGUUUGAGAGCUGAUGCUUAAACAUGUCUGAAGUAGCUGCCGACACUUUCCCCAGCCCCUCAGCUCAGCUGAGCCCAGAUGCGUCCCUCAACAGGCUCCCAGAUGAGGAGAACAUGCCGGGGACCCAAAGAGAGGACAGGAGGGUCCAGGGGAUAGCAGGCCUUGCCGCAACCUGCUGUGCGUGCCUGGAGGCAGAGCGACUGAAGGGCUGCCUCAACUCUGAAAAGAUCUGCAUCGCCCCUAUCCUUGCUUGUCUGCUUAGCCUCUGCCUCUGCAUUGCUGGUCUCAAGUGGGUCUUUGUGGACAAGAUUUUUGAGUAUGACUCUCCUACCCACCUUGACCCUGGGAGGAUAGGACAAGACCCAAAGAGCGCUGUGGAUCCUACAGCUCUGUCUGCCUGGGUGCCUUCGGAGGUGUAUGCCUCACCCUUCCUCGUACCUAGCCCCAAGAGCAAGGCUGAAGUGACAGAGCAAAGUGACAGCUCACUUGUGCCCUCCAAACCAUUCCUCCAGCCUUCUCUAUAUAACCGCAUCCUAGAUGUUGGGUUGUUGUCCUCUGCUGCACCUUCACUGUCACCACCUGCCCUGGAGCCUACCACAGCAUCUCAGGCACAAGCAACAGAAACCAAUCUCCAAACCACUCCAAAACUUUGUAAGUAA